CCUUCAACCCAUAAUUCGAUCAUUCCACCAACACCCAAAGCACAAGAUGAAAUCUUUCGAGUCCAAAUAGUACCCUCCAUUAUCUUCUUCUUCAUAGUCUCGUAUGGAAGUAGCUGCUUCAUCGUCUUCAACAUCUAGUCCACCCUCUAAUUGGGAGCAUGAUGUGUUCCUCAGUUUCAGGGGCAAGGACACCCGCCAUGGUUUCACAGACCAUUUAUACUUUGCUCUGAAUCAGAGAGGAAUUGACACAUAUAGGGAUGCAGAGAAACUUCCAAGGGGAAAAUACAUGUCUUUAGAACUUGUGGAAGCAAUUCAGGAGUCAAGGUUUGCCGUCAUUGUUCUUUCAGCUAACUAUGCCACUUCAAGUUGGUGUUUAGAUGAGCUUGCUCAUAUUCUUGAAUGCAAGAAAGUGAGGGGACUGGAAGUUCUUCCGGUUUUUUACCAUGUAGAGCCAUCCGAGAUAAGGAAGCAAGCUGGAAGGUUGGGAAUGGAGAUCGCCAAGCAUGAGACAGAUUUCUUGGAGAAGAGGAGGAAGGUGGACACGUGGAAGGAAGCUUUGAAGGAGAUAGCCAGUCUCUCCGGAUGGCAUGUCACCAAGGACAGGGGAGAAUCAGAAGUUAUACAGGAAAUAGUUAAAGGGAUUUCAGACAUGUUGAACAACAUGUUAUGCACCCCGGACAGAGAUUUAAUUGGGAUGGAUGCACGUAUUGAGAAAAUGGAGUGGUACCUGGAUCUAAGGUCGAGUGAUGUUCUUGCUGUAGGGAUUUGGGGGAUGGGGGGAAUUGGUAAGACAACUCUGGCAAAAGAAGUUUUCAAAAAGAUUCGUAACCAAUUUGAUAUUAGCGGUUUUGUUUCCGACGUGAGAUUGUAUUCAGAAGAAAAGGCUCUAGUUGAGUUGCAGAAACUUCUUUGUGGUUCCUUCUUCGGGGACAGCAAUAUAAAUAUAGACACUGUCGAAAGAGGGAUCAGGUUAUUGAAGAAGGUACUAUGCAAGAAAAAGGUGCUUAUCGUACUAGAUGAUGUUGACAAACUUAAACAACUGAAAGAUUUAACACCUGGAAUGCAUAAUGAAGAGAAUUCUUGGGCGCCAGGGAGUCGACUCAUUAUAACAACUAGAGAUAGGCGCAUAUUGACAGAAUGUGGAGUACUGGAGUCUAAAAUAUAUGAGGUUGAAAAACUGAGUAAUGUAGAAGGAUUUCAGGUCAUAUGUCAACAAGCCUUCAAGAAAAACUAUCCACCCGUUGAGUUUGUAGAGCUGUCCAAGAGUUUCGUAAAAUAUGCCAGUGGCCUUCCUUUAGCUCAUAAAGUUCUAGGAUCACACUUGUAUGGUAGGGAGAUAGAUGAAUGGUUAGAGGUAUUGUAUAGACUGGACGAAGAGCUGGAUAAAGAUAUUUUUAGUGUGCUCCAAAUAAGUUUUGAUGGAUUACAUGAGACUGAUAAGAAAAUCUUUUUGGACAUUGCAUGUUUCUUCAAUGGUGAGGAUCAUGUUCGUGUAAAAAAUAUAUUGAAAGGUUGUGGCUUUUCUUCCGGAAUAGGCAUAACUAACCUUAUCAAUAAAUCUUUGAUUAAGAUUGAAAGGAAGAAACUGUGGAUGCAUGAUUUACUGCGGUGCUUGGGUUGGCAUAUUGUCCGUAGAGAAUCUGUUGUCCCAGGUAAACGUAGCAGGUUGUGGCUUGAUGGCAAUUCAUUUGACUACAAACGCAGAAGGUUAUGGCAUGUGGAGGAUGCUCGCAAUGGAACAACUGCUGUUGAAGGCUUGUUCUUAAGCUUGCAUGAAAAAGAAGAAAUACGUUUGAAUGAAGACCCGUUCUUAACUAUGCACAACCUAAGAUUGUUGAAGAUUUGUAAUGUGAACUUUCAUGAUGUGCAGUUCACCUAUCUUUCUAGAAAAUUACGGUUUUUGGAAUGGCAUGAAUGCCCACUAGAAUCUUUGUCAUCUUGCUUUACACCGGAUUCACUAGUAAGCUUGGUUGAAUUAAAGAUUCCUAACAGCCGCAUUGAACAAGUAUGGAAUGGAAGGAUAUCUCUGGAAAUGCUAAUACUCAUGGAUCUUUCCAACUGCCAAUAUUUAACGUUGACCCCGGACUUCAGUACGGUCCCGAAUCUUGAGCGGUUAAUCCUCCAAGGUUGUAAGAAGUUAUCAGAGGUUCACCAUACAAUCGGGAAUCUUCAGAAACUGGGUCUUUUGAACUUGAAAGGCUGCACAAGUCUAGAGAGUCUCCCCCAAUAUAUUGGCUUGUCAUCUCUCCAAACUUUUAUUCUGUCAGGAUGUUCAAAACUCCAAGAGUUUCCGCAGAUUUUGGAGAACAUGGAUACAUUAUCAGAACUUUAUCUAGAUGGCACGGCUAUUUGGGAACUACCUGAAUCAAUCCAGCAUUUGAAAGGCCUUGUUUGGCUAAAUCUAAGCGGCUGCACGAACCUUCUCAGUAUUCCAAGCAUCAUUUGUAGUAGUUUGACAUCCCUGAAAUUUCUCUAUCUGUCACUGUGCUCAAGUAUGGACAAUCUGCCGGAUAACAUAGGCUCCUUGGAACACUUGGAGGAGCUCGACGCAUGUAAUACUGCUAUAAGAAAAGUGCCCGAGUCCACAUCUCACCUCAAGAAUCUUAAACUAUUGUGUUUUCAUGGCUGCUCUGGAUUCACAGGUUUAGAAUUGCCAAACAAGUUCUCUGGUUUGAGGUCUUUGACAACACUAAACCUAGGUAGAUGUAAUCUCAGAGAAGGAGCAAUCCCUGAUGACAUUGGUUAUUUAUUCUCAUUGCAGAGUCUUGAUUUAAGUGAGAACGACUUUUUCACCAUACCUGAAAGCAUCUCCCAGCUUUCUGAGCUUUCAGAAAUUUCUCUGUUUAGGUGUAGCAAACUACAGUUGUUGCCAAAAGAUCUUCCGUCAAGUCUAAGAAAUGUAAAUGUACGUGGUUGUCCUAUGCUGACAAAUUCUUCGUCGAGUUGGAGGAGAUAUCCUCCUCAAAAGGGUUUGAGUAUCAUAAACUGUCGGAAACCGGAGGAGGAGGAGGAGGAGGAAAUCUUUCCUGAACUCCAUAAGUUUCCUUUAGGAAAUCUGGAAGUACUCGAUCUUUCCUACUGCCAACACUUGAAGAAGGUCCCUGACUUGAAUGGGGUUCCAAAUCUUAAGAAACUGAACCUUGAAGGUUGUGAAAAGCUAUCUGAGGUUCACCCUACAGUUGGGCGUCUCCAACAUCUGAUUGUUCUGAAUAUGAAAGGAUGUGUUGAUCUAUUGAAAUUUCCCCGUUCCAUCAGCUUGAAGUCCAGGGUGGGAAUCAAACUACCUCCAAGAUUGCUUGAGGAUAGGAAUUGGAGAGGACUUGGUGUAUGUGUUGCCUUUGAAGUUCAUGACCAGAUUGCAACUACCUCCCCAGGGCCGGUCAAACUUCUCUGUCACUUGAGAGCCAAGGACAACUAUUGCUUGAAUCCUAUCCCCAUGUGUUCCAUAACAGAAGAGAGAUACAAGUCAUUGCAUCUUGGUAGAUUCAUUUGGCUAACCUACAUACCCCGUAUUUUGCUAACAGAGCUCAAUGUGGUCAGUGAUGUAGAGGCCAGAAUCUAUGUUAGUUGCAGAGGCUUGAGAGUGGAGAAGUGUGGUAUACGUCUCUUGUAUCGGAAAGAAGAGGGGGAGUUCAAGAACACAAUAACUGAGUGCUGGACCUCUUUCUUCGAUAAUCUGUCUUUCAUCCGUCAACUUGUAGAAGCAGAUGAUCAAAAUGAUCAACUAUGGAUAAGGCAUGAACCUCCAAUGCUUGAAGGCCAUAUCAAGGUCUUUGAUCCAGAUUUAAUAUAUAAUGCAAUUCUCAUUCUAAUGAAAUUCCGGAGUGGUUCGGGCGUGGCAUUGACCCCUGGCCUGACUGCUGGAGCUGGAGAUUCCAGUUACCACCAUCUUUGAAUGCAACAAAUUGGAUAGGAUUGGCUAUCUGUGCAUCAUAUCUUAUUAGCAGAGACUAUCUGCUGGAAAGUAUUUCCGACCCCUUAAUUUUAAAAUUGGAAACUAUAAACAAUGGUUUGUCAUCUUCCCAUCGGUAUCAAAUGAGCAAUGAAGAAUCCGAGUUCUUAAAGUAUUGUGACCACAUUGGGAGGAAUGUCGCUGGUGAAUUCAUUUGGCUCUCCUACAUUCCGCGACGCUGGUUUCUACAUCAGCUAAAUGAUGAGUCUGCCCUCAAUGUUUCAGUUACUCCAAUAUGGUGGAAGCCGGAGAAGAUCAGCCUCCGUUUUUUGUACGCGCAUGAGGGGGAAG